CGCAGAAGAAAACAUGUUCCAAACAUCACAUUAUGUUUUCGUCACUCUAUUUCUUGAGGUUUUCUGUAAGCAGAGAAGUGUUUCUUACUCGGUAGUGGACAUCGAGGCGACUAACUACCCAUUAACGGUGUCUUAUCCAGAUUUCAGUAUUUUGCAAUGUGGAACGCUGUGCACAGAAGAUAGCUAUUGCACAGAGUUUCUUUUCAACAAAACAAACAAACAGUGCAAUGCAGUCCAUUGCGUAAGCAAGCCAGGCUACUCGUAUCAGUUUUUGAGUCUGAAAAAUGACCAAGUACUCCGUUUCCGGAAAGAUUUAAACUGGACGUACAUGGGACAUUAUUAUUAUCAUGUAGAAAAAACUGCCACUUGGGAAGAAGCCAAGUUGGAGUGUCAGAAGCUGUGCUCUUACCUUGUGGAGAUCAACAGUAAAGAGGAAUCUGAUUGGCUGGCUGCCUCAUUUCUCAUGAAAGACAGUUGUGGCAGCAACAUUUUCACUAGUUGCACCGCAUGGACAGGCGGAAACGACAGAAGCACAGAGAGACAAUAUUUAUGGGAUCAUUCGAACACGCUUAUCAACUUUAGUAACUGGUACCCGAGAGAACCGUCUGAUUCAUCAGCUACCGAAAACUGCAUUACUUUAAUGAGGGAUGGACGAUGGAAUGACGGAAUAUGUCAUUUACCCAAUUCUUACAUUUGUGAAAAAAAUGAUAUUUAAAUAUUGGUUUUCAGUUCCGGUUAGAAAGAUAAGUGUUUCUAAAUUUGUUUCUGCAUGUCGAGGAAGUAAACUCUUGGGAGAGAACCACCCACGAAUAUCACGAAAAUGGAGUCAACGUGAACUAAAGAUUCAACAAUGUGUCAUAUAAACCUUUAAGUUAAUUGUAUGAUAUUACAUAAGCCUUGAUAUAACACAUUGUGACCAGGUUUUUUUUUUCUUUUUCAAAUCUCCAGUAAUCACUUGAAUCUUUUGCAAAAAGCAUGAUAGGAAAUGGCAUUAUUAUACAAUAAAAUGCUUAAUUUGGGAAUAACAAACAUACAUUUUAUUUUAUCUCUUCAACUCCUUGUAUUUUUUUUUUACAUUUAGUACAAUUUGAAUUUGGGGAACUCAACAACAUUUCAAAACCAGAUGACAUAUAUAUUUUGUUAUUGAAAUCAAACAUAAAUCUAUAAUGGAAUCAAUGAGACAUUUUGGCUUGAAUUAUCUUCCUUUUGAAUUGUUAAGCUUUAUGAUUUUUCUCUCAUAAAAAUAAAUUGAUAAGUAUGAUACGCGGUAAUUGUUAAACAUUAUUGGCCUAAGCAUCAAGAAGCUCCAUUUUUGC